UGUUGCCCCGAGGAGCAGAGCAGAGCAGAGCGGACGAUCGAGCCGAGCCGAGAGACUGAGACUGAGACGUGACUUUCGGAUUGUGCCACAGGCAACCUGUCAUAAUUAUCUGGGAUACGCGCACUCAGUCAGUCCAUCAACGUCUGCUUGUGCCUCAACAUGUGGCUGCUGCUGCCGAUACUCGUCUACUCGCUGAUCUAUCUAUAUGUUCGGCACAUCUAUAGCUACUGGCGGCGCAAGGGCUUCCCAGGCGAGACGACCGCAUUCUCCUGGCGCUAUUUGAAGCAGUUCUAUCGCCGCGAGUUCCGGCACGUGGAGGCCAUAUGUGAGGCCUACCAUCAGGGACGCGAUCGUCUGCACGGCAUCUAUUGCUUCUUUAGGCCCGUGUUGCUGGUGCGUAAUCCGGAGCUGGCCGGCAACAUAUUGCAGCAAUCGAAUGGACAUUUCAGUGAAUGCAAAUGGGAUUAUGUGAAGGGCUAUCGGCGCUUCAAUUUGCUGGAGAAGCUGUCGCCCAUGUUCAGCUCGAGGCGUUUGUCGCCGAUGUUCAACAAUGCCCAGCACGUGGCCCAGCACAUGAUGCAACAUUUGCUGGACAGGGAGCAGCAGGGCAAUGUGGAGCUGGAUCUGCAGCGGCUGCUGCGAAUCUAUGCUGUGAACAUGAUGGGCAAUCUGGUCUACGGCCUGGAUGUGAACAACUUUGAGCAAACGGAUCACAUACUCAACAGCUAUGUGCAGCAUCCCUCGCAAUACGGCAUGCUGCAGUCCUUCACUUUGAGAGGCACGCCACAAGACUCGAGGCUAAGUAGUCGCCUCAAGGACCUCAUCAAGCAGAAUGUGGAGCUGCGCGAGCAGAGCGGCAUCAUGCGCAAGGACAUGCUCCAGCUGCUGGUCAAGUUUCGCAAUGGCAACGAUCUCGCCAGCGACAAGUGGCAGGUCGAUCAUGCAUUCGCUACAGAAGAGGACAAGCUGAUGUCUGUGAAACGCCUGGCCAAGGUAGCUGAGGAUCUGCUGCACUCCGCCUUGGACAGCAUUGCUUCGACCAUAACGAUGACGCUCUACGAGAUCGCGCAGCAGCCGCUGAUUGUGGAGAAGCUGCAAACUGAGAUUAAGGAGCUCAACUUUGUGGAUGGUCAGCUGACGUUUGAGCAAUUGGAGGAGCUCAAAUAUAUGGAAAUGUGUCUGAAAGAAACCCUUCGCAAGUAUCCGCCAGUGCCCAUUAUAGAACGCAUUUGUCGCAAGUCCUACACUUUGCCCGGCACCAAAUUCAGCAUUGGGGAGGGCAAAACGCUGAUGGUGCCACUGCUGGCCAUACAACGAGAUGGCAAAUACUUUGGAGAGCCACUGAAAUAUAAACCACUGCGUUUUCUGCAUGACAAGAGCCAGGAUAUCGGACAGCGACGUUCGGCCUUCGUGGGCUUCGGCAUCGGCGGUGCACAAUGUGCGGCACAAAACUUUGCCAAAAUGGUCAUUAAGCUGGCGCUUGUUAAGCUGCUGCAGAACUAUCAUCUGGAAUUGGAUGCGAGUGCUACAGUCGAGGUCUCACAUCUGCCGGCGCCGUUCAUAAGCUCCAAGGGCGGUCUCAAAGUUCAAUUAAAAGCGCGUGCAAUUUUAACACAAAGCAAUUAUCUUAAAAGUUCAAAACAAAUUUAAUUUAUGCAACACGUGACGUAUUUUCUUCUCUCUAUAUAUAUAUUUUUGUAUACUUUUCCAACACUUUAUUUGGGUAUUGUGUUGCUAGCUGUGAGCACCUAAAAAUAUGCCAUAAAUAAAAUCAGUAAAUAAUG